AUGGCGACUGAAGAAGAAUUGAACACGCAGAUUGCCGAGCUUGGAGAGCAAAUCAAGAAGGCCAAGCAAGAAAAGAAGCCGAAGGAAGAAUGGGAUCCCUUUCUGAAGGAAAUGCUCGCUCUCAAGGCAAAGUUCAAGGAAGUCACAGGUAGGGACCAUGGGCCCCAAACGCAAGUACCAAAGCCAAAGGAUUCGGGACAACAGGAAGCAUCUGAGAAAAACAAGGAGAAGAGAGCAGCCAAAGCUGCAUCCAAGGCAAAGAAAGAGGCCGAAAAAGCCGCUAAGCGAGCUGAGCGAGAGCGCAGAGAACGUGAAAAGGCCGAAAAGCUUGCUGGUAUUGGCCAGGGCAACUUUGGAGAUGCCAAGAUGGUCAAGUCUCACGAGAUUACCGACAAAAAAUGGAUUGAGGUGGGUAACUUGAAACCCGCGCUUGCUGGACAAAAGGUGCUUAUUAGAGGAUACAUCCAGGUCUCUAGAGGCGUUGGGAAGGGCGUUUUCGUUCUCAUUCGUUCCACUUUGUACACGGUUCAAGGAGUUGCCUUUCAAAACAAGACUGUUUCGCAAGGCAUGGUCAAAUACGUUUCUGCACUUCCUGUCGAAUCCGUUGUCGAUGUGGAAGGAACCGUCACUGUGCCCGAAAACCCUGUCGAAUCUGCUACGCAAAAAAUGGUCGAGAUUCAAAUUACAUCGUUCCAUUGCGUUUCGAAAGCAAAGCAGGCUCUUCCAUUUUUGAUGGAAGAUGCCUGCCGUCCGGAUGAAAAGAAGGAAGCCGAUGUUGGGGCCUAUGACGAAAAUGAAGAGGUGAAACGCGAAGACGGCUUGGUCCGUGUUGGCGACAAAAAUCGUCUUGAUAACCGCUGGCUGGACUUGAGGACUCCCGCCAACCAGUCUAUCAUGAGAAUUGAAUCAAUGGUCGGAUGCCUAUUCCGGGAGUGCCUCCUUUCAAAAGGAUUCAUUGAAGUUCACCCCCCCAAGCUUAUUGCCGGUUCAAGUGAAGGUGGGUCCGAUGUUUUCACUUUGGACUACUUCGGUCAGCCUGCAUGUUUGGCCAUGAGUCCACAGUUGCACAAGCAAAUGGCCGCAGCAUGCUCUGGAUUCGAGCGCGUUUUCACUACCGGUCCUGUCUUCCGGGCUGAAAACUCGAACACGAGAAGACAUCUGUGCGAGUUCACUGGGUUCGACAUGGAAAUGGCUAUUCAUGAACAUUAUGACGAGGUUAUGGAUGUCUUCUCUGACUUAUUCAUCCACAUUUUUGACGGUAUUAAUGAGAGAUGUAAAGCUGAACUUGAACGUGUUCGUGAACAACAUCCAUUCGAGGACUUGAAAUAUCUUCGACCAACGCUGAAGAUCACAUAUGCCGAAGGGUGUACUCUUUUGCGGGAGGCAGGAAUUGACCAGGAUGACUAUGAAGAUUUGAGUACCGAGAACGAGAAAAAGCUUGGAGACAUUGUAAAGGAAAAGUAUGACACUGACUUUUUCUUCAUGGACAAGUACCCUCUUUCUGUACGACCUUUCUACACCAUGCCAUGCCCUGACAAUCCCAAGCUUUCCAACAGUUACGAUUUCUUCAUUCGUGGGCAAGAAAUCCUGUCUGGAGCUCAACGAAUUCAUGAACCCGAUUUUAUCGAAGAAAGAGCCAAGGCUUGGGACAUCGAUCUGUCAACAAUCGAAGAAUACGUGAACUCUUUCCGCAAUGGGGCUCUACCUCAUGGCGGGGGUGGUAUUGGGCUUGAGCGAGUAGUGAUGCUUUUCUUGGGACUUCCAAACAUCAGAAAGGCUUCUUGGUUCCCACGUGACCCAAAACGUCUAGCACCUUAA